GACUGGAAGGGCAGGCAGUCUGAAGGAGUCAUCAUUCGAGACAGGACGGCAAAUUUCUCCUGGAAAGUGAACCAGAGAAAGCGAGAGAACUCGGAGCGGUUCAUGGUUACAGUGUUGUGUAAAUGGUGCCGUUCCAUAGGCAUAUCCCUACUACUACUCUUAGUACUACAGUUACUAUUUUUCCCAUUCAUUCCCGAAUUUGGAAACGGCAAUAAUUCGAACAAAGAUUUGGACGGUACUGGAAAGUCGCUUAAGGAAAUCUCAGAGACGUGACGACUGAUAAGUGUAUAUAGAGGAUGAAAUGGGUUUCUAAAUUAUUACGUUGGUUCGAAUAAUUAACGAAAUGCCAUCAAGGUGAUUCCGCACGAAAAUGAUUUAAAUUCGUUCACUUUAUUGCAGCUACAGACGACAGGACAAACUAUCAUGUGAAACUACUGCAGCAUCACUUAUUCCACAUCAAAAUUAUAGUCUAUUUGUACUGACGAAACUUUAAUUUAAAUUGUAUAGCACAAGCCAUAAAAGUAAGUCAGAUUUCUAAUGCAUAGGUCUAGUGACAAAGAACAGAUUCGCCGAGUCACGACUGGAUAAACCUCAUGUCUGUGAGUCUAGGGGCAAUUCGCCAAAGGGAAAUGACUCACCAUAAAUGGACCCUGGAAAUUCAUACUCACGUUUGAUAAGGAUUUGGGCUUGUCAUGAACACGUAUUCAGCUGUUUUCGUUCACGCGUGACCUCCGGUCAAGUAAUAGCGGAAAUGCCAGUGUAAUGAUUGGUAUUGCUUUCUUUGAGCGUAACGUUUUCAGCAGUAAACAAACCAUAGUUUUAUAUUACAGCAAGAAUCAUUAUUAGAAAUUCGAUAAGAAUGAGUUUAAGCCAUUACUUAAAAGUCAGUGACAUCGAUCUGCUCGGUUACUGAACUCUCAACUUAUCGUUCAUAUAAGUAUUUUAGGCUUAUAAAUAAAUAAUAAAAUAUUACUAAUCUGUCACUAUUUUAUAUAUCACAUUUUAUUUUCUAGACGUUCCUGUAUCCUCGCAUUAGGCAUUUUACCAGUACUUGGUUUUUUCAAUGCUGGCAAAAGGCCAGCUCCAUCUGGCAGAAGAAGAAGAAAUUAUUGAUGUUGAACGCUAUCCUAAAACUAAACAUCUUGAUCAAGCAUCACCAAAGACCUUUCAUUUGAUUGUUAUCGAGUUAUUACUAUUUAAAGUUGAAAAUAGCGAACUCUUAGGCUAACUGUAGUCAAUACCUGCCACCUCGGGAACUGGUUAGUCAAGUGCUGAUGUACCGAGACCGUUAUUUCACUGGCUUCACAUUCAAACAGGUACUGCGCGGACAUCUUUCAUUACUUCAUAAUUAAAGUCAAAUGCGCUCUUCCCAUCUGCUCACAAUAGAUUUAGACGCCUUUUGCCCCUCUCCUGUAUUUCUCAUACUCAUUAAUCCAUAUUAUUUUAAAGGAAAUAAGAAAGCUGGUGUGGACUUCUAGAUUCACCAACCAGAGAAGAGUGAGAGAGCUGGGACUUCCAAUUUUCGAAACCAUUUUAACACCGGAAAAAACCAGCUGCUCUCCAAACUGUCUUUCUAGAAUGAGAGUUAAUCGAAAACUAUUGCCCAUAAAGACUCAUUACUUCCUUCAAUAUGCAGGCUCAGCCUUCAUGAUAAUGGUUCUGCCCCUCAUCGUACGACAAAAGGGAGUCCCUGCCCAGGGCAUUGGCAUCGUGUUUACGAUAUUGCCAAUUGUAGGUCUCUUUGUCAACAGCUUAGCUGGUACCUUGGCGGACUACUUCAGAGCUCACAAAAUCAUCUUCCUUGCCACCAUUGUUUCUAUAACCUAUGGCUUCUUAUCCAUUUAUUACCUGCCAGACAUACCCGGCUCUGACAUGAGUUAUCUAAGUGCCCUGGGCACAAGGGCAAACAUUUCAGGAACUGCAGAAGCUGCUACUGAAAGCGACAACCUCCCCGAAAGGAGGAGGAGAGAUACGCACCUGCCACACAUCCCGAGCUUUCUAGGCCACGACGUAACGGAAAACAAAGACCCGUUUAUUCCGCGAAUAACACCCGAGCUGGCGACUGAGAAGGACCUUGUGAGAUUGCUUAGUCUAAACACGACAAACGCAGGUGACAACGAAGAGGAUGUCGAAGAAAACUCAAGAGAUUUCGACCUUUCCAACCUCUUUAGACUCCCGCAAUUUUGGCUGAUAUUCCUGAGCGUCAUGGCUGCUCAUAUUGGUCUAAACCUCUCCAUCAUGAUGGCUGAUUCAGUCUGUUUCCAGUUGUUGGACUCCGAAGGACACAAGUACGGCCAACAGCGCCUCUGGGGAGCCUUAGGCAUGGGCGCGAUGGCGAUCAUCGUGGGCGCCGUUGUGGACAAAUUCUCCGAACAUCUCCCCAAGCCAGACUAUUUUCCCGCCGUGGUCAUCGCCGGCGUCUUUCUAACCGUAGACUUCCUGGUGGUCGCAAGAAUGGACAUCCCUUAUGCUAAGGACAUCAGAGUUAGGAUACGGGACGUAGGGAGCGUCCUGCGACGUCCUCAGGUCAUUCUUUUCCUGGUAGCCAUUUACGUCAUCAGCACUUCUCUGGGAAUGCUCUGGGUGUUCAAAAUGCUGAUGAUCGAAGACGUAGCGCUGAAAUGGAACUCUGGUUUCAAACACCUGAAACUCCUCCAGGGGCUGUCCUUGAGCAUCGAGACUUUUGGCGGGGAAAUUCCUUUCUUCUUCUUCUCCGGUACUAUCAUCUUGAGUCUAGGCCACACGGUGGUUCUAUCAGUCUCCAUGGCUGCCAUGGCUCUUAGGUGUUGUUUGUACUUCUUCGUCAGCAAUCCGUGGUGGUUCUUGCCCAUUGAGCUCCUCAACGGACCCUCCUAUGGUCUAUUCUACGCAGUCAUGGCGUCUUAUGCCAGCCACGUGGCUCCUCCAGGAGCGCAGGCCACUCUGCAAGCUAUCACUAGAGCAGGAUUCUCACUGGGCCUAUCGACAGCCGGGUGCGUUGGAGGCAUUCUCUACAUAUUUCUUGGAGGCGGUGGCUCCAUGUUCCUGGUCAUGGGACUGUUCGAUUUCGCCUUUUGUGUUUUCUACUAUUUACUGAACUUCGGGAUUAACCGAUGCUGUCGAGAGAGUGGUAUAUCUUGGCGCGGAGGAUACGAAGUCGCUGACAACAAGCUUUCUUUAGAAAUGGAAACGCGGAUGACCGGUGAAGAUGCAACUUCUGACGAGCGAGAAAUUUACCGGUUGAUGUGAACCUUGCUUUUGGAGAACGACACAUCGGCCUAGUAAAACUUCAGAACAGAUUAAUGAAAUGUCAUACUUAUGCCCCAAUGCCCUACCUACAGUUAAGCCAAACUGUACAGCACAUGCAUUUUUCAUGUCACUGAGGUACGUCACUUAAGAGAUCUCAAGAUUCCUACAGAGGUUCAUGAUACAAAUAUCUUUAAGCAGAUAUUCAAUAACUCCAGAGAGCUGAUACUGCUGAAUGUAUUUCUAACACUGCAAUAUAUAUUGCAUUGCUGUUAUGAAACUAGUUACUAUUUCAUUUUGGGCAAUAAUGUUAGCUCUAGUUAAUGACUGAAUAAAUUUGAUUAUUCAUCAGAGCUGGUAAUAUUGUUUUUGUUAUACCUAUAGUUGUUCAACACAAAGUUACUGUACCAUCAGGAGAGUGUUUUCUCAAACAUAACAAAAGGACUCAAAUUUUCUUAUGUACAUUCAGAGUAAAUGUAAAUCAUUACUACCCAAUGACAAAAUAGUGAUACUGAUGGUGGGUGAAACUCACGUACUUAAUACCACAUUUUCAUUAUAAAGGCAAAAAUAUUGGUGGUUCAGUCUUUGGCUAUAGUGAAGCUGCAACAGGUGCAUUUUACUUUCUGUUGAACAGGUAAAGUUACGUUGCACAUCCCAAUUAAAGCAUAAAAGCUG